CCUACUUGUAAAAAUCCGUUCUAAAACAAAUUAUGCAUGUAGGCUAAUAGUAAGGGUAAGGAAGAAACCAAAGAUCUGACUGACAAAGCUGGUGUUGCUCAUACUUAGCUUCAGCGCAUACUUGAAAAACAAUAAAAAAUAAUGGCGGUUCCAACAGAACAAGAACGAGAAUUAUCAAAUGAACCUGUUGCCAUUAAAGAAAUAAAUACUGGUGCAGCUGGAAUAGAGACGAACACUCAAACUGUAAACACUGGAGCAGAACCAAAAAAGUCCGGAAAAGACCUAAAAGCUCUAAAAAAAGCUCAAAAACAAGCUUCUAGGAAAGCGAGGGCUGAUCAACAAGGUGGUGGUAAAGAGAAAGGAAAUGGAUCAGACGAAAGAAAGCAGGAUCAGAAUUCCAAAGGAGGAAAUCAACUUAAAAAGCCUUCAAAACAGAAUGGCAAAGGAUCCCCUCCAGUUCCCAAAAAAGAAGAUCCUGCUGUAUUAGAACAAAUGUUUUUUGAAGAGAAACAGGUUUCAAUUUUCUCACACUUGGAUUGGCGACGUCGUAGGACGACAGAAAACUUGCCUAAAGAUAUACAUCCCGCAGUUAUUCGUUUAGGAUUGAAAUUGGCAAAUUAUAAGGUCUUUGGCUCAAAUCAAAGAUGUAUAGAAUUACUCAAGACAUUCAAAAAGGUUAUUCGAGAUUACCAAACUCCAUUUGGAACAACUCUGAGCAGACACUUGACAACUCAUGUCAAUUCGCAAAUCGCUUAUUUAGUUUCUACGCGUCCUUUAAGUAUCAGCAUGGGUAGUGCGAUUCGAUUUCUUAAACUUGAAAUUUCCGUAUUAGACAUUGAUUUGACGGAAGAAGAAGGCAAGGAACUGUUAUUAGAAAAGAUUGACAACUUUAUUCGUGAUCGUAUUGUUAUCGCUGGUAAAGCUAUUGUCCAAGCUGCCGCCGAAAAAAUUCAAGAUGGCGAUAUCAUUUUGACUUAUUUGCAUUCAUCUACGGUGAACGAUGUUUUAGUACAUGCGAAAAAUAUUGGAAAGCAGUUCCGUGUCAUCGUGGUAGAUUCCCGUCCCGAGUUUGAAGGAAGAACUUGCUUGAAGUUACUGACAAGCCAUGGAAUCCUUUGCACUUAUGUAAUGAUUUCGGCUUUGGCUUAUACCAUGCAGGAAGUAACGAAGAUCUUUUUGGGCGGUCAUGCCAUGUUAUCUAACGGUGCUCUCUAUUCUCGUGCCGGUACUUCUUUAAUUGCCUUACUUGGUAAAGAAGCCAACGUUCCAGUCAUUGCUUGUUGUGAAUCUUAUAAAUUUACUGAACGCAUUCAGCUAGAUUCUUUAGUGUAUAAUGAGCUUGCUCCCGGUGACCAACUGAUCAAUACUUCAGUCGAUGAGAACCAAGAAAAGCGAAGCGAACUUUCCGACUGGCAUUCCGUUAAAAAUUUGAAGCUUCUCAGUCUCAAAUACGAUGUGACUCCCCCUCGUUUAAUUACUGUUUGUGUUUGUGAAAUGGGUCUCCUACCUUCUACGUCUGUCCCAGCAAUCAUUAAUGAGUUUAAACAAGUGUAUGCCUAGAAGAAAGGGUCUUCUAUGAAAAUGAAAGAUAUGAAUUGUUUUUUCAGGCGAUCAUUAUAAUUGCGAUAAGAAGGAUUGCAGAUGAAAUGGUUGUACCUUAUUUUUUGGCAUUUAGUAAAGAAUUCAUGAUAUGUGAAGUCUUUUAUUAAUUAUGUUGGUAAUAUAUAGCAAAAGUUUUGGAUCUUGUUUCGGUGACUCUACGAAAAAGAAACACUAUAUGGGUCUUCAAGUUUUAGACUUCUUAUGAACGCAAGUUGUCAAAUGACUUCGUUGAUGAAAAGGUACACUGUUGAUUUUUGUUUGGCUUAGGUUUCUAUAUGUAAAUUAGAUAUGAUUUUGAGGUAUUGGCAUAGUUAGGUUUCCAUCGGAUAAACAUAUAUAUCUGCAUCCUAUGCAGAAUUUGAAAGCGUACA